AAAUAACGGUAGAUAGACAGACAGGCGGACAGUAGCUCAUAAGUAUUAAUAGUCUGAAUGUGAUUAUAUUUUUCAUGAUAUUGACGAUACUACUUUAAUGUAUCAGUGAUUUGAAUUGCCAGUUAUUGCUGUUGUCGCUUAUUUGAGGACAAAAACUUUCACGUCUACUAAUUUAAUGUCUACAUCAGUCUAGAACACCUACUGAAUUUUCAGCUAACUUAAACCCUGAAAUUAUUACUCACUUCCCAAAUAAUGUCACUGGAUGAUAUAAUCGUAGAUCAUGAAUCAAAUCAAUGUCUUUUUGUAUGCGCUAAAUGUGGAGCAGAGUAUGUGACACGAGAUAUGCUGGCAAUGCAUAUGAUGGACAGUGCUCGAGCUGGAAUGUGUAUAGAGACAGACACAGUGAGUAGCAUACAAAAUAUAAAUAAUAAUAAUAAUAACAACUCGAAUCACAAAAUGUCUACCAAUGAGGAAUCAGUUAUAUCAGAGCAAUCAUCCACUGCACCGAAACUUAACCAGUCAUCGAAUAUGUUUGAAUAUUCACAACCACCAUAUGCAUCAUUACCGAAUUGGAUUGGUGAAAGAACCGAGCCAAUAUUCAAUAUGUUGUUCAACCAGCUGACUUUACCGCAUAUAUACUCUUUGCAGAAUGCUACACUGAAUGCUAAUACCAAUAACAAUAAUAAUAAUAACAUGCACAGUGCUAAUCUUAUGUCUUUGAAUCAUAAAAUAUUUUCAGCUUUAGAAGAAAGUCUUCCAUCAUCGUUUCGAGGAUUUCGAAAUGCUUCCUCGUCAUCAACAGCAUCAUCAUCAAUAACCGAUGUACAAAAAGACGAAGACGGCAUACAAUCUCUCCUAAUGAAUUCUAAAUAUCAAACAAAUAAUAAUUUAGGCCAAAAUGUAAAAAUGAAUUUUAUUCAUUCAUUGAAAGUGAAUAAAAAUGACAUGUUUACUAGUCUGGCGACAAAAGAUAAAAUACGUAUGUCCAGUGGGAAGUCGAACUCAAAUUUGAGUGAAUAUUAUAAAGGAAGAUUGAAACAGAUUUCUAGUGAAGUGAAUCAUAGUCAAAGAUGCACAUCACCAGCAAAUCCAUGGAUUAAAUCUUUCGGUAACCAAGGUAGUAGUAAUAGUAGUAGUAGCAGUAGUAGUUCAAUAACUUCAACUGGUGCGAUUUCAAAACCAUUCAACUCUCCAGCUGACACCAACAUUAAAUCAAAUAAUGGUAACACAAAAUGUACAGCUACACUUCAAAGUAAAUCACAGACAAUAGUAGACAGAUCAGCAAAUGAUCAAGAAGGCUUUAAAAUCACAUAUACAAAUACACAAAUGAAAGUCUGUGACGUUGCUAGAUCUUCAAGAUCUACGAAAUGUAAGGAUGCUAAGAAUUUGAAGGCGAUAAAAAGAAGUCGAUCGUUGCCAUCACCACGUACUCUGUUGAGUCAACAAAUGUGUUCUGAGUCGACACCUUCACGUGUGAAUGAAAAUAGUGUUGUAGAGAAGACUAAUGAUAUAAGCCCUUGUGAUGAAAUGCUGCAUAAGACUCGACGUGAUCGUAAAUGUUACAAGAGGUCAGGGUAUAAAAAUCUACGCAAACUGGUAAAUUAUAAUCGAUCAAAGUUUAAAAUGGCUCAAAAUUCGCAUAUCCUAUCUCAAAUAACAAAUUGUUAUAACCCGGAUAAAACAGAUGUACAUUCAGCAAACUGCAAUGAUGAAGAGGCUGUUGUAAUGGAUGUUCAACAUGACAGCAAACACGUGACUAGCUUAGAUGAUGGAAAUAAUCAAAAGAUAAAAGCAGCCAGAAAUUCUCAACUCACUUUUCCAUAUAUCUGUGAUUAUUGUCAGAUAGGAUUUGUUCAACAAGCUUUAUUCUGUUUACACAUGGGAAUGCAUUGUGUGAAUAACCCGUUGAAAUGUAAUAUGUGUGCACGUAACUGUUUAAAUGUUUAUGACUUUAUCAGUCAUACUCUACACUUUUGACUUUUGAAUGAAUUGUAAAGCCUCUAGCAUAUCAAA